AUGUUGAAACAUAUAACGAAUGGAGGCAUCUCCAACUCCAAUCGAGGUUCGAGACAGGACAGCUCCAUAAUAGUGGAGCAAAGAAUGGACCCAGGUCCGCACAGAUACCGCUCCCCCAAUGCCAACAGCUCGAGAAUAUCCCAGCAAUAUCCCCUGAACGUCUCCCAACUCCACUCGGCUCUGGACACCUCGAAGCACUCGAUCUACAGCAACAACGUGCUACCUCCCGGAAACAAAUCCCUGAACGGAGGGUUGAACAUAUCGAGAGUGCGCAACCAGAGCACCGUCAACAAAUUCAUCGCUAAGUCCAAAGAAGUGGGUGUCAAGGAGAUGCUAGUGAGCCUCGGCCUGCUCUGCCUCGUCAGCCUCCUGUUGGCGCUUCUAUCGCUGAUCUUUCUCUUGAAGAUCUCUCCAGUGACGGCUAAUGACAUUCGUGAGUUGUUGAGAUCCGAACAGCUAACUGUGAUUACCGCCGAGGAAUAUGUGGUUGUGUAUGAAGUGACAUUGGCAUUGUGUGCCCUAACACUGUCCUUGAAUUUGUGCUGCCUGCUUGUGUGCGCUAUUCAAUUCUUGUUUGCUGUUAAAUUGGUCAAGAGUCCCCAUGGAGGAAGUGAUAGGACCAAUAAAUACCUUCAGAAAUCCUCAGUUAGUAGAGUCUGUGCUGUAGGGGGAUUCUUCAUCUCAAUUCCAGUAUUUUUAACAGGUAUAAUUCUGUACACGUUCAUCCAAUUCCAUUCCACCCCCGCCAUCGUCACCAGCGUCUUCAUAGGCUUAGGCAUCAUCUUCUGCGGCUGCGCGAUGGUGCACAACGUAUUCAUCUGGCAAAAGGAGAAGACCAACGCGGUGCGCGAGCUGGCCCUCCAACAGCACGAGACCAGCCAGCACCACAACUCCUUCCACAGCGUUACCUCCGCUUUGCCCAACCACUCCCACGUGAGCACUUUCAACCACAGCUUCGGGCACCCGCUGGCCGCCCACAACGGGCCUUACCUGCUCAGGCCCUCGACCACCACGCCGCCUACUGGCGAGAACCUGAACCUGGCGAAAAUGUCGCACACGCACCCCAGGGAGGCAAGCGGUUCCGUCAGUCCCGGCAUGCCCACGGUCAAUAUGGAUAUGAGCAGCGUGGGUACCACUAACUCGCCACACGAGUUGUCCACGCUAGUGUGA